AUGUUUGCCGUAGCAACCAAAAACUUUGUGGAGGAGGUGGAUGAUGGAGGCUUACUGAUCCCAGUGUGCAGCCUGAACGACACCGUCGGUCUUCUGACGGUGGUGGUGAAGCGGAAACGCUUCUGGUUCUGGCAGAAACCCAAAUAUCUUCCAACCGACUUUAGCCUGAACGACCUGCUGACAGGUGACUCACCUGUAACGCCAGUUGUGUUGGAGACGGACUUCAUCAAAUACAGCAGCACGUUUGGUGACAACGUGCAGGGGAACGUGGAUGCCAAGUUUGUCAAAGCCAACCUGAGCCUGGAGAGUAAAGACUCCUCCAAACUCCAGUCGUCCUUUGGCAGUUUGAAGAAAGAGGAAGUUGAAGUUCAGAAGUUGCUGCGAGACUCCAAAGACAGAGUUCUGGACAUGUCCCACUCUCUGAUCCAGCAGAACAGAGAGAAACAGAAACAGGUGUUUGGCAUCGUGAAGGAGCGCAUCAUCACCACACAGCCCUGUUCAGUCAUAGAGGAGGUGCAGCAGGGGGGACAGUGCGGAGGGAGUCUGACCUCCUGCGGCCCCAAAGCAUCUAAAGUUGCACUGAAGGAAAAUGGAAGUUUGAGCAUCGACAGCAACAUUACAAUGGAGAUCCCUACACACACCACUCUAGCCUACAGCCUUAUAGAGCUGGAGAUCAAGCAGGAUGGGCACUUUGAGCUGUGUGUGAUGUCAGGCACCAGAGGAGGUUUUGAAGUAGACGGCCAUGUUGAGAAGCGGCUGCUGGGUGUGCAGACCUCAGAGAACCUUCCGCUUCAACAGGAACUGGAGAGACUGAAGCAUCAUUUCCAGCUGCUUUCUGCUCUCCCAGCUUCCACCAGGUCGUCUCUGCUCCAACACGUCACAGAACUGAUGCAGGACCCGGCAGCCAUCAGUGCACUUCAGAACGCGCUGGACCGGAUGCUGGGUAAGAAACCCAGCCUGGAUGAUGAUGAUGAAUUAAUGGAGUCUCAGCAGCAGAACAUCCGAGCAGUUUUUAACCUGCUGGAGCAAUCUGGUGCAGAGGAGUCGACUCAGACGUCACUCCUCACCGCAUUGCAUCUGACCGUCAGUGCAUUAGAUGAGAUGUCAUAUGAUUGUCUUCCUGUUUUAAAACUAUGUGGUAAUCCUGCCACCCUACAGACAUUGGAGCUACUGGUGCAGUGUGCAUCAGGAAACAGGCAGACGACUGUGAGCAGCGCAGCACUGCCAGGUGACGUCUAUGCGAGGACUGAACAUCUGUUUGCCUCCUCUGGUGUAUCUCUAAGGAGAGACGGUGAUGUGGUGCGGGCUGAAAUCACGAAUGAACCUGGAAAUCAACCUCUGAUCUUGUUUAUCGCUAUUAAAAGUCUCGCCUCUUUAGCCCACGGUUGUUGAGCCAUAUUAACAUUAUAUAUUUGAAUAAAAGGACAUUUUUGUAUUUCCUUUAGGGAUUUAGGUCUGGAUAUGCGACUACUUUGAAUGUAAAUGUGAGAAUGAAGAUCCGAUGGAAUAAUUUGUGGCUUCAGAUUGUUUUUGCUCUUUUAAAUGACUUAAAUUGACUGUUUAACCUAAAACACUUAAGGCCGUCUUAAUAAACAAUGCUUACAUUAUGCUUACAUGAUGAAAGGAUGGCCCUUAUUUAUGAAAUAGUGCAAAAGCCCACAUUCCCCUAAAACCUUUUCACUUUUUCUUCAGUUACACUUUGUCAUUUAUUUAGGGUUUUGUGAUGAAAGUAAAGCAUAUUUGUCUAAUGAAAAUAAAUUGAUGCAUGAUUUUA